GCACGCAAAUGGUUAUUAUGCUUUUCGUAUACAUGUUUCAGAAAAUUUUUUAAUGACGGAAGAUGUCGGCGAAAGUCGCAAAACCUGCGCCACCUCCUGCCGCAAAAGAUGUCACCAGCCUGCAGGUCUCGUUGCCUCAAAUGCUGGAUCUCGCGCUGGGAACACCGGAAGUCGGCGCGAUAAAUUUCAACAUCCUCCACAACUUCCUUCAUGUAUUGUUACACCAGAUAGAUCUGAAAUCGACGAAGGUUGAAUAUCGUGGCGACGAGGCGGCACGAAUGAAGACGAUGGUGAGCACGCUGCAAACAGGCCCAUCCUUCUAUCUCCAAGAGUACAGCAUUAUUGACAGUUCGAAAAAUAUAACGACGCGCUCAGCCGUCGUUGCCACUGCAGACGUAAUAACCGAGAAUGCAGCAGGUGACGAUCAAGUCGACUUAAGGAAGUCGAAAGGGUCGAGGCAAAAAGUAGGAGCUGGACAGGACGUUGACUUUCGCGAAACUGUGAUAUACGUGGAACCGAUUGUCAACGAUGUUAUACCCUCGGCACUCGCAUUCAAACGACUCGAACAAAAUGUGAUCGAGCUCCAACGAAAAUUCCAAGCUCUCGAGGAAUUGUCAACGAACGCAGAACUCGUUGAACGUCUAAAGGGUAAAGUUACGGACCCCGUGACCGAUAUCUGGAAUAUCAUCAAUAUUACGAAAAGAUUGGACGCCAGUGAGCAAGGUAUUGAUAAGUUGACGACAAUGGUGCAGGAUGUCCUGAAAGGUGACGUGGCCGUCGAAGGAACAACGGAGGUUCCGCAAGAACUCGAGGAAAGAUUAACGAACCUGGAGCGAGUUCUUAAUAACUUGGAGAGCACCGUGCAGAACUUGGAAAUAAUCGCUAAUGUGACCGUGGAGGAUGCCGAAGAACCGUUAGCGAGACCACAGACAGCGAAACCGGAAGCAGAACCUGGUCUACAGCCGCGGGUUUCUCUGAGCCAGAUCCUAGGCGGCGUAGACGUCAAAGACAUGCACGAACAGAUGAUUACGUUGCAAAAGGAUGUCUCAAAGAUGCGGGACGACUUGAAAAAUCUGAACGAGAAGGUUGCCGACGUUCAAACCGCGGUAGCGAAAAAGGACGAGAAAGAGAAGUCUGUGAAAGAACAAGCUGAACCCAAAGCGGUGAUUCCAGCGAGCACAGAGAUCGCGCAAUCUGAGGAAUCGGAUCAACCGCCUACGCCGAAGGCCCCAGAGAGCCCUAAAAAGGUGCAAAAAGAAGUAGAAACGGACCGGGAAGAGUACAUAGACCAAGACGAAAUAAACAUCAUAAACGAACGCCUCUCGAGGUUGGAGAAAGACGUGAUCUGUCUUCAAGAGUUAGUAAAUAGCGCUCCGAUGGCUGGCAUGACAGGAAACGCGGAGCUUGACGAAUUAGUCUCGAAGAUUCAGAGUGUUCAGGAUGACAUGGAGAAGUUGAACCAGACCGCGGACCGGCUGAUCGACGAUAAAGAGAAUCGAGAAGUGCAUCUUAACGCGUUGCUAGAGCAAAUAGAGCUUCUAAAGACGAUCAAAGCAGACAGAGAAGAUCUCGAGGACGCUCUGGCUGACAAAGCUGAUGCUCGGGCUGUGCACCGGAAGGUUUCGUACGAUCAAUUCGACGCCGCUUGCGACGAUCUCGCCCAAGGCCUCGAGGAAGCCGUCAACAAACUCGGGAAACAGGAAACGAUUUGGCAGGAGGCGUUGGACGAGGUGCAGAAAGAGAUCGAGGGUAAAGUUGACAAGAUAGAAAUGACACCGUUGAAGGACUUCGUGAGUACGAGACUGAAGGCCGUGCAAGACAAGCUGAGGAGCGUUGCACAGAUGAGAGAUGACACCGAGGCUGCUGGGACGAAGAAGCUCCUUCGGGACGUGCAGUGUAUAUCCUGCGACAAGAACGUAGUGAUGAAGAUCCACGACACGAACAAAGCGAAACUGGAUCCAUUCCCGUGCGGUAUAAGCAUGAAGCCAUAUCUGACUUACGAGCUGGAUCAAGUCAGGAAGCAGAACAAGCGGUUGCCUCACAGCAGAAAUAUGAUUCAAUACGAGGCGGCCUUGCAGGAGGAGGCGAAGAAACAAAAGUCUGCGAGAUCGGAGAAACUGGUGAAGACUCCUAGGGAUCACCUGUGCAACCGGUACUGUGGCGGAAGUCACACGGUCACGACGCCUCAACAGAGGGUGAUGCGAAUGGGUCACUUUAUCAGUCAAUGGGGACCGGAAGUGGUGCAGUUGACGGAGGGAAUGGUGAAGGGGACGGACGGAAAGAUGUACAGAGGUCGACCACUGCCUGCUAAAAUCGACGUUUGCGGAACAGGAUAUUGCCAGGACUACGGUGAAGCGAAGCCUUCGGAACGAUCUGUGGGUUCACAGUCUCGGAGAAGUGUGGAAAAACAACCUUCGGUUUCUUCAAGGAAGAGAAGCGUGAAAUCCGUGUCCAGUGAGGCGAUGAAGCAAUCACCGGAUCAGGAAUCCCAUAAAGCCGAACCAGAUGAACCAGUACCCGAAGAACGUCGUCACAGCCGCGGACGAUACUACUCCGAUCAAAUUAUUCAUUACGAAGCAGACGAGGAUGAAGCUGAAGAAUACUAACAAAGAACGUUGUUUCUCAUUUCGAAACCCCAUACACUCUGCCAAAAAUGUUGUUCUCGAAAUAAGACCAGUAACGUGUGAAAUGUAUUUCGCAACUCUAAUCAAGUAGACGUCGAAGACGGAGUUUCUUUUAUACGUACCUGACAAAUUUGUGUAUAACUAUUUAUUUGCUAC